AUGGCCACUAUUGACGUCCUUCUCAUAAUGAAGCCAAUGUUUAGGAUCGGACGAUUAGAAACAUCCUUACAAUCUUUUAUAGCGGCGGAGUAUCGGACGGCGGUGGAUCUGCAGGAUCUGUUGCUCCGAUUGACUUUCGAUAACAUCUGUGGGCUGACGUUUGGGAAAGAUCCGGAAACGCUGUCGCCGGAGUUGGCCGGAAAUCCGUUCGCCAUGGCGUUUGAUACCGCCACCGAGGCCACUCUCCAGCGCCUUCUCUACCCUGGUCUCUUAUGGAGGUUGGAGAAACUUGUGGGGAUUGGAAAGGAGAGGAAGCUGAAGAAGAGUCUUUCAGUGGUAGAAAAUUACAUGAACGAUGCCAUCGCCGCCCGGAAAGAAUCUCCCUCCGACGACUUACUCUCACGCUUCAUGAAGAAACGCGACGCCGACGGCAACCACUUCUCCACCGCCGUCCUCCACCGCAUCGCCCUCAACUUCGUCCUCGCCGGUUUGGGGAAGGACUUGGCUUAUUUGCAAAUGAAAUCCGUCGCCUCCGCCGUCCUCCUCCGGUACCGGCUGUCGCCGGUUCCCGGUCACCGGGUCGAGCAGAAGAUGUCUCUCACUCUUUUCAUGAAGAACGGGCUCCACGUUUACUUGCAGCCACGUAAGCUCUAGGGGAGGGGUGUUUCCGUCAUUUCGCUCCGACCAAUAUUUGUCUGUUUUUUGUUAAAUUAAAACAGUAGGAAAAUUUGGUUCCCUUUUCUUAUACUGCACAGGCAAAUUUGUCAUUUCGUUCAUCGUUA